UAGUUCUUACUUUGUCAAACAUCUGUCAACUGAUUGUUUUUGUUCGGUUUCAAAACGUCACUUUUCUCGCCCGUGUUGUGAUCCUUUCAUUGAAAAAAAAUCGAUAACAAUGAUUUUUGGCCACGAAAACAUCGAGGUACUCGAAGAGAUUGUUCUGGUAGAUGAUGUCAAAAGAUCUGCCGAAAAAUCAAUCAGCAGCGGUAGCGGAAGAAAGAGGAAGAAUCAAUCUAAUCAGGAACAAAUGGAUGCUGUGUUUGUGGAUGUAGGAAAAAUUUUACUUUCCAAAUCGCAAACACCACCUGUGCGGGAGAAGCAAAAAACAGCGUUGGCGGCGAUGCGACACCAGUUGCUCAUCCGAUGUGGAUUGGAGUUCUCUGGCGACUAAAUAUUGAAGAAAAUCAAUAACAUGAAGACCGCUGUUAAAGAAAAAACGGAUACCAAAAAAAAAAAAACAGAGAACGUUAAAAUUGUGCUCAACCAACCGCAAGAAAAGUUUUAUGGACUGCUGGGGGGUGUUGACAAUCCCAGCAUCAUCAGCGUUCCGUAUGGUCUGGCAGUAGGAAGCAAAAAUAUUGCAAUGGGGAAGGAUCCACCGAAGGAGGAGCAUGAUUCAUCUGAUGAUUACGAUUACAACAGCUUGCAGAACGAGUUUCUGGCGCCGAGUCAAGCGUGUCAAACACUAAAAACAAAUCAAAAAUCGGCACGUGGCAGAACACAACAAACAGUGUGUGAGGAACAACUUAAGUUCCUGAAAAAGCAACAAGAUUAUACGGAUGUAUUGAAAGCAAACCAAGAAGAGCGACACCAAAAAGAAAUGGAGCUGUUGGUUCUGAAAAAGGAAAUUGCUGUCCUGAAAAUCAAAAAACUCAAAGAGAACAUGAUCAUCUGAAAGUGUAUAUAUUUUUUUGUAUAUAUUUUUUAAAUUAAAGUUAAAUUAAUAAAGAGCCCGAUUUUUCUCAA